AUGUAUUUUAGAAAUUUCACUGUGGAAUGUCGUUUGUCCGGACGAGUGAUUGUCACUGUGACCAAUUUGAAAGAGAACAAUUGUUUGGUAACCAUUUUGGAGGGCAAACUUGCCGAUAUUAUUCGUGGCCUACCGAAUAGUGCAGCGAUGGGUUUCGUUAUCAAAAACGACAUCGUCACCUAUACAACCAAAGGAGUAUGCAAAUUCAAAUACGGUAUCGAACAAAUCGUCAAGAUCACCGAUCACGCUAUUUUACCGAACAUGUAUCGACGUCACUGA